CUAUGGGCGAUAAUUACCUUACUCAACCCUAACACCGAUACGGCAACGGGCAACCCUGCCAAAUCAGCCUGUCAAAAAUGAAACAAAAUGGAACGUUCAAAACACCACCACCUGUUCUGUCCUGACUCCUGUUCCCGGGUGUCACGACUCGCGCCGUCGCGUGAAAUGUGCUUGCUGUGCCUUUCCCCCCUGUCGUUUCUGACACCGGUCAGAUCUGCGGUACGAUACAAAGAUAGUCACCAUUCCUGCUCCACUCACUAUCUUCGAAGUCCUGUCUAUUCACUGUAUAUGUACGGUGUAGUACAGCGUACGUACCAUACUUCUAUGUACUUUCAGUAAUUACCAGACCCUUGAUCUAGGCCACAUAUGAGCCUCAUCCCAUUUGGUCUCAUGCAGAGGCAAGGUAAUCAACUAUCGUCCGCUUCCCC